AUGUUGGGACUCAUCCAGACUGAGACCCCUUAUUAUCAGGCCAAUCCGCCGGCGCCCAAACCGUUUACCACGUUGGCCAAGUGGAAUGAUCCCGAUUAUAGCCAUUGUCCCCAGGGCUCGGUCACCUGUCCCAUGGCCUGGGGUUUAAGGAUUGUCAACUCGGAGAGUGUGUUUGUUUACGGGGCCGGACUGUACAACUUUUUCCAGAACUAUGGUCAGGGAUGUAUAGCACAAGAGCACUGUCGGGACAAUAUGGUAUCGGUUGAGAACUCGACCAAAAAUAUCUAUUUGUUUAACAUUAAUACUAAAACGUCGGAUAAUAUGGUGUCCGUCGACGGCCAGAGUCGGGUCCGUCAGGCGGACAAUAGGCGAGACUUUUGCUCAACAAUUGCCGAGUUUGUACGAGGCACAUACGGACCUAUUGGGUCCCAGACAUUGACUCUAAAGUCUAAGAUAGAAGCCCUACUCGACUCUAAUGGCAAGUUUGUUGAGCGCAUGAAACCCAUGUAUACGGACGUAGCGAUGGAGGACUUUGUGUCGGUCAAGUCGGAGGGCGCCAAAGGGGACAGCCGUACCGACGAUACCCAGGCUAUAGCCCGGGCGAUAUCAAAAUGGGCCGGGUGCAAGGUCAUUUAUUUCCCGGCCGGCGAUUACGUGGUGACCGACACUAUUGAAGUGCCGGGUGGGUCCCGUGUUUUUGGCAAACUCAAGCCAAAA